ACGGGUGCUGCUGAUGAUGAAGAUGAUGCUGGUGUUGCUGUUAUAGCUGCUAGGUGUGGAGGGGCCAGGGCAUGAUCGCACCAAAUCAGAUGAUCAUGCUAGGCUGCACAGACCUGAGCCUUGGAGUCGCUGCAGGCGGACACUUACAGAGCCCAGGGACAACAUAUAGAGAUGUGUCCUUUUGAUGAGAAGACCAAAGUGCAAAGGCCCAUCCGGUCCCUGAAGGGUCCUAAACAAGGCAGCAAUGGCAAAGAGGGAUUACCUGGUGGAGGCGGCCAAGCAGAUCCGCAUGGCCCUGGACAGCGAGGUCAACGAGGACUAUGAGGCGGCUUUCAGUUACUACAAGAAUGGGGUGGACCUGCUGCUGAAUGGGGUUCAGUUGGACCCAAACAAGGAACGUCGAGAGGCAGUGAAGAGGAAAACAACCCAGUAUCUGAAAAGAGCCGAAGAAAUCUUCAUCACACAUCUGCAGGACAACCUCGGCAAGGGAAGCUCUUAUUUAGGAGGUUACAGCAGUCUGAGGUUCCGUCCAAUCAGACACUUGAGUUCGCCUGUGGAGGACCUAGAGAUGUGUAAGGUGGUUGGAGUGACUGAUAAGGUCCUGAUCGUCCAAAGUAUGGUCAAUAAGGAGACAUUUGUUGUAAAGAGUCUGGUAAAGUCGAGCUGGGAGAGCAGGGACCAGCCAACCAUCAUUCCUCAGGGGGUGCCCUACAUGGUGAAGUUGCUGAGAUAUUAUGUCAGCGAGGAUGCUGUGUACCUGCAUCUGGAGCAUAUCAAAGGUGGGAGGCUUUUCUCCAAGCUGCACAAACUAAGGAACGAGAGAGCCAAGGAGCAUCCUGAAUGUUUCACUUCCGGGCAGCCUAGCAUCAAGAUGAAGACCAGUUACACCUCGCCAGCGAUCAGCGCAGACUACCAGCACAACACAAGCGGGAGCACGGAAGGGAAACCGAGGGAUGAGAGUGGGGAUGCGGACUUCCCCACUUCAUGGGACGAGACUCAGCAGCGUCUGGAGAGCUGCGGGACUCACUCCUACAUCGAGGAGACGGGCUGUUUGCAGAACAAACGCUCCGCCGCUUCAUUUUAUACCAAGCUCGAGCGGCUGACGUUGCAUUCUGGCCCCACGAAAACACGGGUCAACACCCGCAUCCAUCCACCAGCUCCCAGUUUGUGUUUGCACUCCAGUGAAACUCAGGAACAGCCCGCUCUCCCACUGUCUUGCGCUCGUGUCAGCCAGGCCCUCGAUGUGAUGUCAGGACUGCACGCAAAGAACGCUGGGAUGGGGCUGACGGAGUGCAGCUCUGAGUUUGAAGUGGCUUGGAAAACUGCAGAUGCGGCACAAAACUGUGAGAAAAACAACCCCUAUGCAGUGACCGACAGUCAUUCACAUAGCACACAAGGACCAACUUCACCUCGUACCAGUCAGACCUCAUUUGUAAAAGCAGGAUCACCAAACAGUGAAUAUAAUGGUUUGAGUUCCUCCCCUGCCAUUUUGCAUCUUCCUCUCCAUUGCCAAACUCAGAUCCGGGGAAGGGCGUCAUGGGAAAACAAUGCCUCGCUCCAAGGGUCUGUGUUGACCGCUAACUCCACAGAUACAGUUUCAGAGUCAAAGCAGGACAGCAGCCCGACAAACGAGGAGAGAAAUGGAAUGGUAGUCAUACGGAGCACGGACAGAGCGGUGUUUUCUGAACACACAGACUCAUGUAUCUCUGUAGAGAGUUCCUGGACUUCCUCUGCCUCGCUCUGUCACAGCUUUGCCACAAAACAGGAGACAUUUGCAGGGGUCCAACUUGCCCUCACAGGGGACCAGUACAAAGAGGAAACAUGUUUAAGAGAUGGUGUAGAAGAAGCCUGUGAACUGAGUCCAAAAGAAAAGGUAGCGCCUGCAAAGGAGAGAUCUUUUAUGAGCUGGUUCUCCUCCGGCACUCUUGAAGCCCCGCCCAGUAACAAGUCAGGGGACACAGAUGUUCCCGUUAAAUCGGAGGGGUCAGAGUGUCAGGGGGAAGACCAGAUCAUAGAGGUGGAUGGAUGGUGCCACCUGCCCCGCUUCCCUGUCAAGCCGUCAAGGUCUGCAGAUAGAGCUGUGCCGACCUGCUGGGGGCUUCCUGAGGCCGAGGUGCGUGUCUGGGGCGCUCAGAUCCUACUGGCCCUGGAGAGUCUGCAUCAGCAAGGCAUCCUGUGUCGGGAUCUCAACCCAAGGAAUGUUCUGCUUACCAGCAAUGGAAAGGUGUGUUUGACUUUUUUCGGCCAGUGGAGUGAAGUUCAGUCAGAGAUUUGCUCCAAAGCCGUGGACCAGAUGUACUGUGCUCCAGAGAUUGGUGGCGUAUCCAGGGUAACAGAAGCCUGUGAUUGGUGGAGUCUGGGGGCUUUGUUGUUUGAACUUCUAACAGGAAUGCCACUCUGGCAGCUCCACCCAGCAGGAAUCCACUCCCACACCCAACUGCUCAUCCCAGACCACCUGAGCACGGCAGCUGCGUCUCUGCUCACUGAGUUGCUUCAGUUCGAUGCUGGCUAUCGUUUGGGUUCUGGAGGUGGAGGUGUCAGUGACAUCAAGUGUCAUCCCUUCUUCAGCGCUGUCUCCUGGAAAGCUCUGAGCUGCUAGCAGGAGCAGCUGCAGCUCUUCUGAUCCCCUCGUCCUGCUCGAAGAUUGGGGUUAAAUGGAAUCAAAUCAUAAUGAGGCCGAAUGGGGGCAGAGCCAGACCCCUGUUCUCCUUUGACUUUUGUGCUUCCACAAGAAAAAAAAAAAACUAGAACUAAUCGGACCAACCAUGUUUAACUUCCGAAUAUUAUGAAGAAAAAAAAAAUUCUCACUUUUGUUGUAUCCAUGAAUAUCACCUCCUUUAUUCCCCAGCAUGAAAACUGAAACCAACUCAAAGUUGAUUCUGAUAUUUACAAAUAUUUGGACUGACUCCAAAAGUCGUUCAAAAACACAGAAAUGAGGCAAUAAAUGAUAACCUCUUCUCUA